AACCGGAGGCUCCCCUCAACAUAGAAAACCCUCUUCUCCAGCUCCAACCAAAGUCAUUGAAAUUCGUACUCGUCGAGUCGGCGAUUAGUGCAAAAUACAAAAACAGCACAACACGCAAAUUCGCAAACUCUUUCCUCUCGUGUAAAAUAUUUAAACUUGGCUUUGGCUAACAAUAAACAACAUCACUGCAUCUUAGUAACUACUCUUCUCUACACACUACUUUUACUUGAAGGAGACUUAAUAAAACUACUGUGGCUGGAAUGCAAAAGAGGAGGACUUAAUUGUUGGUGAAUUCUUAUUGUGGUAAAGUGGAAUAGUUAAAUGAGAUUCGGCUACAACAGGGAGUAUAAAUUUGCUGCGUUCAAGCAAUACUUAAGAGUAUUUAAUUGUUCAACUUAUAACCUAAAAAACUGAAGGAUUUGCAAACCUGCAGCAAGUGUGUGAACUAACCCUGUACAAAAAUGUCUGGCGUGGAAACUGAUGUUAAGCCGGUUGCUGAGUUGGCUCCCGAACCAGUACAACAACCCAGUGAUUCUCAUGAUGAAGAAUAUGAAUCUGCAGACGAUGCUUAUGAUGAAGAGGAAGUAGAAGAGAUUGAGGUGGAAGAAGAAGUGGAAGAAGAAGAAGAGGAGGAUGAUGAAGAGGAAGAAGAAGAAAGAUCCGCUUCUCAACAAGAGAAGGAAAAUGAUGACGACGAAGACGCAAAGAAUCCACAAGCUGCUCCUGAAGAAUUUGGUCAACAAAUUCCUGAAAUUCCAAAACGUGGAUAUUUCUAUGAACAUGACGAUCGAACCAAGGAGGAGGAUCAAGAAGAGGAGGAGGAACCUAAGAAGGAAGAGAAAAAGCUUCCUGUUGGAAAAGAGCCUUCUAGGUGGUCCCAUGAUCUAUUUAAAGAAGAAGACCAAGCCCCGAAAUCCAAAGAGGAACUAUCGAGAGCUUAUGGAUAUGACAUUUUUACUGAAGAACAAGCCCCAAGAGCGAGAAGACGACGAAGAUAUGGAAGAGGGCCGAACAAAUACACACGACAGUGGGAGGAUGAAGAAGCAUAUCAGAAGCCCCGUGGGGGAGGGGGAGGUUUCAGAGGAAGGGGACAACGUGGUGGAAGGGGAAACUUCCGAGGAUCCAAUCGUAGGGUUGGGGAUGAAAACAACUCGACGGAGCAAGAGGAAUUCCCUGCACUGCCAGGUACUCCCGACUCCACGUCUAAUAAAUCUGCAUCUCAACCAUCACAACAGCAGGCGGCUACAAAACCUGCCUUGAACAAGGAUCAAACGCAACGACGAGGAAGCGGUGAGCAUCCGAGACCGUCGUAUCAAGGACAGGACAGUCGAAGAAGAUAUAACGAUCAUGAUAAUGAAAGAACUGAACGAAGUAACACUCGCGCAAGUGGUAGUGAUAGCGACAGAAAUUAUGGAUCUCGUGGAGGAGGAAGCCGUGGUGGUGGGGGUCCUUCCUCUGGGGGAAGGGGACGAGGACGCCGAAAUGAAUUUUCAAAUAGAAAUCGUUAUCCAAAUCCUAAUAAGAGAGAUGGAGACGAAGAAGGUGGCAACCAAAAUCAGCAGCAGCAGAAGGGGUACAAUGAAGGCGGUCAACCUAGUGAAAGAGAGCGCCCAGCCAAUAGAGUCAGGCCUUCUACGACCCAGGCCGCCUCAUUUGUAGAAAAUAAGGACAGCAGGUCCAGAGGUCAACCUCACCCCCAUCAACAAACGAAUGGACACAUUAGAGAUUCCCAAAGGCCAAAGGAUAGUCCCCUCCCUUCCAAACCACCAUUUACGAAUACAGAGUAUACUGGUAGUCACAGCCUGACUGCAAGCAUGGGAGGAGGAGGAGGAGGAGGCAAUAGACAGCAAAGUCAAGGAUAUCACCACCACGAAGAUUCUUCAAAGAAAGGACAAGUUCAUCCUAAUAGCAAUGUAUUGGCCGAAAAAGGAUUUACGGACUUACGAGAUGUUAUCAAUUCAAAGCGGCAUCAUCAGCAACAGCAACAACAACAAACAGGCCAAUCAGAGAGAAGGACACAGAUACCUCCACGAAUGCAACAACAGCAGGUACAUUCGCACCAACACCAGCAGCAGCAGCAGCAGCAACAACAACACACCCAGGUUUUAUCUCAACACCAUCAUCAUCAGCAGCAACAACAGCCUCCUCAGCAUCAAGUCCAGCAGGAGCACCAACCUUCAGGUCAAACGUCUGGAAAACCAAAGAGAUUCUCUGCACAGAGACAAAGACAAACAGAUCCAUCUGCAACAUCAGUGGGCGUUAUGGGACAUGUUCCUCCCAACAUGAUACCUGUUGUCAGUGGAUCGGAUCAAAUGGUUCCAUCACCAGUACCAGCAUAUCCACAGGCUCCCACUUAUUAUGAAGGACCACAAGUUUAUGAAACAUCAGGAAGUCCUGUGACCGUUGUCUCAAAUGUGGGUACGAACGGAACGUCUGUUUCUCCUUCCUUGUGGGCCCCGCAUGCAUACGCACCCAACGCACCCUAUCCAUCGCCUCCAACAGGUCCUCAAGUUCCACCAGCCUUUGCACCUGAUCAUGCAGCGUAUCUUGCACAACAGGCUGGUCCAAUUUAUUCUGCCCCACCGCCCUUUAUUCAAGAUCCUACAAUGAUGAACUAUAAUACGGGUGCUCCACCUUUCGCCCCGGCAUAUCAUCCUCAGGCUGGCUAUCAAGGUUUUCCUCAAGUCACACCUGCGCCACCACCAGAAUUGUACCAUGCUGGCGUUACAUACUACAACCCCCAACCUCAAAUCCAACGCCAACCACCCAUGCUAGUUCCAAAGCCAAGAACUAAAAGUGUUUUACAACUCGUAGAACCACCCGAGAAAACUAAAGGUGAAAGGUCUGGAUCAGCACACCUUAGGGAUUCGUCCCAUCAAUAUGAUCAACACAGCGAACAUAGCCAAUCGCCACCCGUGUCAUCAUCAUAUGCUCCUCCUGACUCCAACGUUCAUGGUCAUGUUGAGGCCGCUGAUCUUGUUCAACAAUUUGAAGGAGUUUCUCUUACAGAAUUACAAGCACCGUUAGAGGAGGGACACACUGUGGAACAAAUGAGAAAACCUUCGCCACUCCCAGAGCAAGAAAGUUGGUCGGCACAAAUGGAGGACACUAACGACCCGAUAGGUACAAGUUUUAUAGUGGAUCCAGGUCAACAAUUGUCUAAACCUUCUGCUAUUGAAACUUGCACUACACAAGUACCAAUAAGGAAAGAUAAAUCAAAUUCCCCACAACCCCCAGUCGACGAAACUAAGAAAGAUGGAGAGUAAAUUUUACAAAAAUUACUAUAAACAUCUACGUAUUAAAAUAAUGACAGAUUAUAAAUAGUAUAGGCAGUCAGACUUUGUUAAAAAAACUGACGGGUUUCCGCAAAGCACUUUUUAUUGGAAGACUUUUAUGAAAAACUUAUUAUAUGUACCUUUUAACUUGUAGCGCCAAUUGACUUAAUCCAAUAUGUAUUUGUAUCAAUGGACCUACAUAAACAGCUAAAUAUGCUACAAUUUUUAUCCGGUAAUCUCCGUUAUUAGAAUAUACUUACAUGGUAAAUUUGUGUCUGCAAAUCAUAGUAUUAGAACUUGAGUAUAUUGUUGUCGACGAUAGUUCUUUCAAGUUUUCGUAGGUUUACUAUGUGAAUGCGAUGUUAACUCUUGGGUGUUAAUUAAGUAUCAACUUUUCAAGUUGAUACUUAAUGCCAGUUAGUAGUUAGCCUGUUACAUUUUUUUAAAAUUUUACCAGCAACAGAGACAGCAUAAAUACGUGUACAGGUCGUUGUUAUUAGAACGCAUGAAUAGUUUUAUGCAAACAAACAUUCAACCUUAUUUCGACUUUCUUAUUUUUGGUCAAUAUGAAUUGCUUUUUUUUCAUUUUGACAUCUAUGUACAUAAGGAUAUUAUGAUACCGACUGGCGCUUUAUAAUAAUAUACUAUCUAAUACAUACAUACACAUACCUAUUUAGUAAUAAACUUACACAUAAAUAUGCCGUAUACAUUUGCUAUAGUUUGUAGGGAUAUAUGUUUAUUCAUAUUUACUAGUUAGAAUGUCGCAGAAUUUUAACAUAUAACCCUUAACCUGUUAAUUACCUUCGUGUUUAAGCCUCUUAUUCAGAUUAGACUGAAAUGGAUUUUUAAGAAUAUAUCAAAAUGUAGUUGAUUAGGAGAAAAUGAGAUCUAAACUUCGAGUACUCGAAAUAAAAUCAAAAUAAGUUACAAACAA